GUCCCUCCGUCUGUAACACUGUCUGUCCGUCAGUCCCUCCGUUUGUAACUGUGUCUGUCCCUCCGUCUGUCCGUCGGUCCCCCCGUCCGUCGGUCGGUGCCCGGGGAGCCGCGGGCGUGACUCCUGGUGAUGGCAGCAAUGGCAGAGACCAACAAUAUCCAUGCGGUGACGGAAGGGACGGAAGGAGACGACGCCAAGUGCAGUUUCCACCGCAGGAUGUUCCUGGAACCCCGAGAGAAGAAGAGGAACGUGAAGGCUCUGCUGGUCAAGCAAGCGAAGAAAACUUGCAGCUGCACCCCAGCCAGAAUUAAAGAUUGCGUUUUGGGGUUUUUCCCCAUCUUACAGUGGCUUCCUAAGUACAAACUCCGGGAGUACCUGCUGGGGGAUGCGAUGUCCGGUGUGAUCGUGGGGGUCCUGCUGGUCCCUCAGUCCAUUGCCUACUCUCUCCUGGCCGGGCUGGAGCCCAUCUACGGCCUGUACACCUCCUUUUUCUCCUGCAUCAUUUACUGCAUCUUCGGCACCUCCCGCCACAUCUCCGUCAGCAUUUUUGGCGUGGUCUGCCUGAUGGUGGGGCAGGUGGUGGAUCGGGAGGUGGAGAGAGCCGGCUACGACCUGGAGCCGGCCGCGCUCAGCGCGCUGCCGGCCCCGGGAGGGGACGGGAACGGCACCAGCAACGGCACGGCGCCGGAGCCGCUCUGUGACAGAAGCUGCUACGCCAUGGCCGUGGCUGCCACCACGACCUUCGUCUCGGGAGUUUACCAGGUGGCCAUGGGUUUCUUCCAAGUGGGCUUUGUCUCCGUGUACCUCUCGGAUUCUCUGCUCAGUGGCUUUGUCACAGGGGCCUCCAUCACCGUCCUGACCUCACAAGUCAAGUACCUUCUGGGCCUGGACAUCCCUCGGAGCGGGGGCAUCGGCUCCUUCAUCACCACCUGGAUAAACAUCUUCAGAAACAUCCACAGGACCAACAUCUGUGACCUCAUCACCAGCUUCUUGUGCUUCCUGGUGCUCGUCCCAGCCAAGGAGCUCAACGAACGCUUCAAAUCCAAGCUCAAGGCUCCGGUUCCAGUGGAACUCUUCGUGGUUGUGGCGGCCACUCUGGCGUCUCACUUCGGGAAGCUGAAGGAGACCUACGGCUCCAGCAUUUCCGGGCACAUCCCCACUGGGUUUCUGCCGCCGCGCCCUCCAGACUGGAGCCUGGUUCCCAGCGUGGCGUUGGACGCCAUCCCCAUCGCCAUAAUCGGCUUUGCCAUCACCGUGUCCCUCUCGGAGAUGUUUGCCAAGAAGCACGGGUACUCUGUGAGGGCCAACCAGGAGAUGUACGCCAUCGGCUUCUGCAACAUCAUCCCCUCCUUCUUCCACUGCUUCACAACCAGCGCAGCCCUUGCCAAGACGCUGGUCAAGGAGUCCACGGGCUGUAGGACCCAGAUGUCGGGCCUGGUGACCAGCCUGGUGAUCCUCUUGGUGCUCCUUGUGAUCGCGCCUUUGUUCUACUCCCUGCAGAAGUGCGUCCUGGCCGUCAUCACCAUCGUCAACCUCCGCGGAGCCCUGCGCAAGUUCAGGGACCUGCCCAAAAUGUGGCGCCUGAGCAGGGUGGACACGGUGAUCUGGGGGGUGACCAUGGCGGCCACGGCGCUCGUCAGCACCGAGAUCGGGCUGCUGGUGGGGGUUUGCUUCUCCAUGCUCUGCGUGAUCUUCCGGACGCAGCGGCCGGAGGCGCCGCUGCUGGGCUGGGUGGCUGAGUCGGAGACCUACGAGUCCCUCUCUGCCUACAAGAACCUGCAAACCAAGCCCGGCGUUGUGGUGUUCCGCUUUGAAGCCCCCCUCUACUACAUCAACAAGGAGCGCUUCAAAUCCUCCCUCUACAAGCAAACCGGGGUCAACCCCGCGUGGGUGCAGGCGGCCAAGAGGAAAGCGGAGAAGAGAAUGCUCAAGGAGAAGGAGGCGGGCUCCGGGGACAACCAGAGCGGCAUCCCCGUGGAUUUGGGGCCGGAACCCGUGGGGUUUCACACCGUAGUGAUCGACUGCUGUGCGGUGCAGUUCCUGGACACGGCCGGGAUCCGCACGCUCAAGGAGGUCUGCAAGGACUACGGGGACAUCGGCGUCCGCGUGCUGCUGGCCCAGUGCAACCCUUCCGUCAGGAGCUCCCUGCUCCGGGGGGAGUUCUUCAGAGAGGGCGAGGACCACCUGCUCUUCCACAGCGUGCACCAGGCCGUGGACUUCGCCCUGGGCACGCGGGGGCACGGCUCUUCGAAGAACUAGCUGGGAAAGGCGGGAGACGGGAGCAAAGCCCGGGCAGACGUGUCUGUGUGUCUGUGCAAUGGAUGUGUGUGCGCUCAGAUAGCGGGGCAGGGGGGUGCCAGCCCGCUGGCGCCGUGCAAUCCCGCUGGAUUUACCUGCCAGGGGGAGCGAUCCCACAGGAGGUACUGGACAAAGGAGGUUCUCAACCUGAUGGCGGCCAAUCUGCGAACCUUAAGCUGGCGUUGGGUCGUUCAUCUCGUGUCUCCUCUCUGGAGCUCUCCGUGUCUCAGUUCCACUCUGAAGUUGUGAUCGAGUCUUUUUUGCAGCCUUGUCCUUGUGGGUGGGGUGGGGUUUUGGGGUGGUCUGGACGUCCUGUCCAGCUGAAGAGUGAGGCAGCUCCUUUCUCAUCCCUCAUCCUGGCAUCGCUUUCCAUCACCGCACCCGUGUUUGCCAGGGAAUGGCUCUCAGGGGCCGUUUGCUCUGGCCUUGCUGGGCACUGUUUGACUUCCCCUGAAUCUCAGAUAGAGAAAUCAAAUAUAAAUGUGCAGGAAAAUAUCUUAAUGAACAUCUUCUAACCAAGCACCUCUCACCUCCUGAGGUGUUGGCGUUGCCUCCUAAUUCAGCCAGGCCACGAGGGCAUGGUUAUCUCAUUUCUCCACAGGCCUUGACCUGCCUGGGCCCAUGGACCCGCUGCCUCUCCAGCUUGAUUUUAAUGAAAUUUCCUUUCCAUAGAUGACUCUUCGGAAGUCUGGUUCAUUCUUAUGAUCAGUCAACUGUUUUCCUAAUAUUUAGGAGCUCUUUAGGACUGUGAGCUUUAGAUAUGGAAAAUAUCUAGUUCUUUAAUUUUAACCAAAAGAAGUCCCCUCAGGGCAGUUCUUUAUGCCAGGCAAGGAGAACCACAGGCACCAAAGUGAAAAGGGACAAAUAGGUUAUCCAACAUCUGCCCAAAUGUCACAUGUCCACGUCACACAGACUUUGUGCAUGAGUUUAUUGGCUAUAAACCCUUUGCUCUGUCCUGGACUUUAUGCAAUGGGAGUGCACAGACCAUUGGAAAAGGAGCCAGGAAAAUUCUUUCCUGAACCUUUUUUUUUUUUGUUUUUUUAACCAGAUCAGUGUAAAUAGAGCUUUUAACUUUUGAUUUUAAAUUACGUGGAAGUGAAGAGCGCCUGCUCUUCAUGCUAAAAUACAAGGGUAGGAAGAGAUCCUCUUUCCUCACAGCAGUAGAAUGCAAUUGUGAAGGCAGAACUGGGAGAUUAACAGCUUUUCCUGAAUUCCAGCUGUACACGGCACACAUCCCUGGAGGAGCGUGCCUUCCUCCCCAGGAGUUUACAAUCUGAAUUUCAGGUGCUUCACGGCUUUUAAAAGGGAAAGGUGCUGGGUACGGACAAUAUUCUCAUCCUUAACAAUUCAAAAAUAAUGAGUCAGAAGCCAAAAGAGGCAUAAAAUCCAAUAUGAGUUGUGAACUGUUUACUAAAUAGAAAGAUGUUUUGAGAUUAAAUUGUUUUGUUGGGGUUUUUUUUUGUUUUGUUUUUCUGAGCAAGGACCAGUAAACGAUUCUCUUCCUUCUGUGAAAGCUGAAAGUCACGGAUCGCUUCCCUCUGGGAGCCUCAAAGGAGGAUGAGGCAGCAGCAAGAUGAGUCCUUUUUGUGUUCACUGCACUUAUUGCAUUUCUUAGGACACCAGAGCAGCACAGAAGUGCAGGGGAGGUGAGGGGUGGCUGUAGCACAGCUUGGAGAGGGAGAACCUCAGGAAUUCCACAUCCUGGAACUGGCACUGGUGAGGGAGGAGCCCUCCGUGCGUCCCUGAGAGAAGCCUGCAGCGUUCCCACCCCACAGAUACCGUUCUGCCUGGAGGCUUCUUUACGAGGGAGGCGAAUCCCAAAU